AUGGCUGUUCACCAAGCGUUGAAGUAUGAUGAUUUUCAACAGAGACUUGCAUUUUGCAAUUGGAUAAGACAGCAACCACCUGAUUUUCACCUUAAAAUUUUAUUUUCUGACGAAUGUACAUUUAAAAGUGACGGAUCUACCAAUACUUGGAACUGUCGUUAUUGGUCACAAGUUAAUCCUCACUGGUUGAGAGAAAUAGAUCAUCAACAUGUGUGGAAAGUUAAUGUUUGGUGUGGCAUUAUUGGAAGUCAGAUCGUAGGUCCUAUUUUCUUUGAAGAAAAUCUAAACGCUGAUAGAUAUUCAGCUUUGAUAGAGACAGAUCUUCCUAUCUUACUAGAAAAUCUUCCUCUGCAAUUGCGCUUGGACAUGUGGUUUCAACAAGAUGGAUGCCCGUCGCAUACAUCGAGAGUUGUUCGUACAAUACUAAACGCUAUGUUUCCCAACAAAUGGAUAGGCAAAUAUGGUCCAUCAAUUAUCCACCCGAUCACCGGACCUCACCGUUUUCGAUUAUUAUUUUUGGGGAAGGAUAAAAGAUUUGGUGUACCAUGA